AUGUCGAAAUUUUUACAAUCAGAAUCAGAAGGAUCAGAUCAAGAAUCUUAAAAUCAAGGUUCUAAGUUCUUGUAAAUAAAAGAAGAAAAUGAAGUAGAAGAAAAAGGGGCUUAAGAGAUAAAAGAAUCUAAAAAUGUCAAAUAGGAAACAAAAAAAAAUAAAAAUAAAAAGGAUGAUUCCGAUGAUGAAUUAGAUAAAUUACUAGCAUAAAAAGCAACCCAAGAAUAAGAAUUGGAUGAAGAAGCAAAAAAGAAGGCUGAAAAAAAGAAAGAAAAAAAAGCUAAAUAAGCUGAAAAGAAAAAAAAUUAACCAGAAUAAUAACAACAAUAACAAUAAGCAUAAGUACCUGAGAAAAAACCAGAGAAACCAGGAAAAAAGCCAAAUGCUGCAGCAUUGAAAGCACUUGAAAUGUAGAAGAUAAAGGAAGAAGAGUAAAGAAGAAUUAGAGAAGAGGAAGAAAGAUUAAGAAGAGAAGAAGAGGAAAGAAUAAGAUAAGAAAAGGAAGAAGAAGAACGUAGAAAGAAAGAAUAAGAAGAUAAAGCAGCAGAAAAGAAAAGAAAGAAAGAAGAAUUAAUAAAGAAAGGAGUAUUUAAAACAAAAAAACAACUUGAAGAAGAGGAGAAAAUUAAGUUUAUGAGAGAAUAAUUAGGAAUUAAGUUGGAAGAUGCAGGUAAUACAUCGAACGUUGUUAAAAAGAAUAAAAAAAAACCAGGUUAAUAAAAUAAUUAAGCAGAGCCAACUGUAUAAAAGCAAACAGAAAAUAUAUAACCUGAAUAAAAAGUAGAAGAAAAGUAGCAAGAAAAAUAACCUGAAAAACAAUAAUAAGUAGCAAAAUAAAUUCAAUAAUAACCUUAGUAAUAAUAAAAAUCAAAAGAGGAAGUGAUCACUUAAAAAAAUGAAGCUGAAGAAAUAGAAAGUUGGGAAUAAUUUGUUGAGGAAGGAGAAGUAGAACAACUUUAAUAAGAAAAGGAGAAAUAAGAAAAGUAAUAAGUCGAAGCUUAAAAAAAGUAAUAAGAAUAAUAAAAUCAAUAAUAAUCUUAUUCUUCAACAACAAAGAAAGAAAUAUUAGAUUUAUACAAACCUGUGGGUGAAUUAAGAUCUCCUAUUUGUUGUAUUUUAGGACAUGUUGAUACAGGUAAGACAACACUUUUAGACAAGAUUAGAAAUACUAAUGUGUAAGAGGGUGAAGCAGGUGGUAUUACAUAAUAAAUUGGUGCUACCUUCUUUCCAGCAAAAAAAUUGAAAGAGGAGCUAAUAAAAACAUAAUAGUUUUAUUAAGUAGAUUGCAAUAUCCCUGGAUUAUUAAUUAUUGAUACACCUGGACAUGAAUCAUUUUCCAACCUAAGAACUAGAGGGUCUUCAUUAUGUGAUUUAGCGAUUUUGGUUAUUGAUUUAAUGCAUGGUUUAGAAAAUUAAACUUUGGAAUCCUUAGAAUUACUGAAGAUUAGAAAAACUCCAUUUAUUAUUGCAUUGAACAAAAUAGAUAGAUGCGUUGAAUGGAAAAAUAAGAAAAAUGCCUCCUCAUAUCAUUAAUUAUAAAAUUAAACGAAAAAUUGUAAAAUGGAUUAUGAAACCAAAAGACAAUAGGUAGUUACAUAAUUAGCUGAGAAAGGAUUUAAUGUGGCUUUUUAUUGGGAGAAUGAAGAUCCUAAAACUUAUAUUUCAGUUGUACCUACAUCUGGAUUCACUGGAGAAGGUAUUCCUGAUUUGUUGUCAGUUAUUGUUAAAUAUACAUCAGUUUAUAUGAAGAAUAAAAUUAAAGUUAAGGAAUAAUUCAAUUGUACUGUUUUAGAGAAGAAAGUUACUGAAGGACAUGGUACUACGAUAGAUUGCCUUUUGAUUGAUGGUUAAAUAAAAAAGGAUGACAAAAUUAUAUUGGCAGGUUUCUAAGGUCCUAUAGUAACUAAAGUUAGAGCACUUUUGACACCUCAUCCAAUGAAAGAAAUGAGAGUUAAAGGAGAGUAUAUUCAUCAUGAUGUCAUAUAUGCAUCUAUGGGUUUAAAGAUAUCUGCUGUUGGUUUGGAAGAUGCUAUGGCAGGAUCUUAAAUGUAUUUGGCUAAUUCCUAAGAUGAUAUUGAGAAGGCAACAUAAAUAAUAAAUAAUGAAAUGGAGGAAGUUAAAAAAUACAUAAAAUUAUAAAAUCAAGGAGUGGGAGUUGCAGCAUCUACUUUGGGUUCAUUAGAAGCUCUUCUAUAGUAUUUGAAUAGUUAAGAAAUUCCUGUUUCAUAUGUUAGUGUAGGGCCAGUAUCUAAGGAUGAUGUUAUGAAAGCCUUGAAAAAUGUAUUGUUGGAGGAUGUAAAUAGAAGAAAGAAAGAGUAUAUUUAUAUUUGUUAUUUGUAGAUAUGCUUGUAUGUUAGUUUUCGAUGUUAAAAUAUUGCCAGAUGCUUAAAAAUUUGCUGAAGAAAAUUAAAUCAAGAUUUUUGAAGCAAAUAUCAUCUAUCAUUUAUUUACUAAGUUUACUGAAUUUAUAAAGUAGGUUAAAGAAGAAAGAAAGAAGAAAGAAGCAGCUGAUGUUGUAUUCCCCUCAUUAUUAAAAGUAUUAAAUCUCUCUAAAAUUAAUAUAGAUAGUACGAAUUAUCAAUGCAAAGGAACCUUUGAUUUUAGGAGUUGAAGUUGAAUAAGGAAUAUUAAAAACUGGAACUCCUAUAUGCAUUUAUGAUUAAAAUAGUAAUAAAAAUAAGAUUGGAAUUGUUGAGACUAUUGAAUUAAAUCAUAAGAGUUUGAAAGAAGCCAGAGCUACAACAGGAGCAGUAGCCUUAAGAAUAGGAACAAAUUAAGCCAUAUAGGCAGGUAAGCAAAUAACUUUAGAAACAAAAUUAGCAAGUUUGGUAAUUAUUGACAUCAUUUUCUUAGAUUACAAGAAGAGCCAUUGAUAUAUUAAAAGAGCAUUACAGAGAAGAAUUAACAUUGGAUGAUUGGCAGUUAGUAAAAGACUUAAAGCUAUUUUUAAACAUUGGCUGAAA